CCAGGAAACUUCCAAAAGAGGGUGGAAUGGGGGUGAACGAUGAGGAAAUAAUCUCUCCCCGGCACAGCCCGGGGGCCAUCUGGUUGUCAGCAGCGCCUGCGCGGGAGCUGUCCUCCCUCCGGGUGGAGGAUGCGCGCGCAGCGCUUUCGGCCAUCCGGAAGUUUGCGUAGGACAGCUAAGGUGAGUCCUACUCUUUGGGAAGGGUAGGAGAAUUUGGCCGCAGCCGUCUGGCUCCCUAUCCCGGUCACGGAGUCCAGAGGUGAGGGGAAGGAUACUGUUAAGAUGGAGUUGCCAGCCCAGUGAAUCUGAGGGCCAGACCGUGACCCCUUAAAGCAUGUUCACCUUCUGUCCAGACUGUGGCAAAAGUAUUGAAGCCUCAUUCAAAUUCUGCCCCUACUGCGGAAAACCUUUGUCCUUAGCAGAGCAUGAAGGGUCCCAGACCUUUGUCAGACCGCGUACGUCAUCCUUCCGAGGCUCAAGGAGACAAAGCAACUCCAGUCCUGAGAUCCCUUGUAAGAAAGUGAAAUGGUCCAGCUCUGUCACCUCCCCCUCCUCAUCCCUCUGCUUAGAUGGUGACAGUUCUGGGUCUGAAGAUACUGUGAGAUCCAAAGGGUCCUGGAGCAGACCCCCAACCCCCAAAAGCAGCCCACAGGCAACCAAGCGAAGCCCGCAGGCGACGAAAAGAAGCCCACAGACACUGAAGCGGAGCCGGGUGACAACCUCACUUGAGGCUCUGCCCACAGGGGUGGUGGUGACAGACAAGAGUGGGCGGCACUGGAAGCUGGGACCCCUCCAGACCAGGGAUGACCAGGGCAUUCUCUAUGAAGCUGAGGCUCUCUCCACCCUCGCCUGCAAGUCAAGUCAGAAGCAGACGUUCUCGCUUAAACUUGAUGCCAAGGAUGGGCGCUUGUUCAACGAGCAGAACUUCUUCCAGCGGGCCGCCAAGCCUCUGCAAGUGAACAAGUGGAAGAAGCUGAACUCGACCCCCCUCCUGGCCAUCCCCACCUGCGUUGGUUUUGGGAUUCACCAGGACAGGUACAGGUUCCUGGUGUUUCCCAUGCUGGGGAGGAGCCUUCAGUCGGUCCUGGAUGACAACCCGAAGCACGUCUUGUCGAUGAAGUCUGUGUUCCAGAUGGCCUGCCGGCUGCUGGAUGCCCUGGAGUUUCUCCAUGAGAAUGAAUACGUCCAUGGAAAUGUGACAGCUAAGAACAUCUUUGUGAAUCCAGAGGACCUGAGCCAGGUGACACUGGCAGGCUACGGCUUCACCUUCCGCUAUGCCCCCGGUGGCAAACACGUGGCCUACGUGGAAGGCAGCAGGAGCCCACAUGAGGGGGAUCUUGAGUUCAUGAGCCUUGACCUGCACAAGGGAUGCGGGCCAUCCCGCCGCAGUGACCUCCAGACGCUGGGCUACUGUUUGCUGAAAUGGCUCUACGGGAUACUGCCAUGGACAGACUGCCUUCCCAACAUCGAGGAUAUCAUGAAGCUGAAACAGAAGUUUCUUGACAACCCAGAGACCCUCGUGGGACAGUGCAGUCGCUGGAUCUGUCCCUCAGAGACCCUGCAGGAGUACAUGAAGGUGGUGAUGACCCUCGAGUACGAUGAGAAGCCGCCCUACAACAUGCUGAGGAGCAGUCUAGAAGACCUGCUACGGGAUCUGCGGUCAUCAGCCUAUGACCCAGUGGACCUCCAGAUGGUUCCAUAGAACUUUUGGCUCAAGGUUUGAAAUAGAAAAAAACAAAAACAAAAACAAGAAAUGUGACUCAAGGCCUGCUGUAGUAUCAGAUACGCUUCUAGAAGGAUCCCUUGAAUGUGCACGCCUACUGCUACUUUAAGCAACACUGUGACUCAGUCUUGCCUAGCAUCAGGGAACCCAGCAGUUAGGCUCCAGAUAAUGUGAACUCCUGCACUUGACUGUCCUGUCCUUUCAGCCAUCAUCUCCCACCAGCCACUGGGGUUGGAGGCAGAGAAGACCCCUAAACUCAUGAUAGGGGGUGAGACCCUUCCCACUACUCUUAGCACCUCUAUGCUUCAGUAAUAAAUUGUUGCACUGGA